ACACGUAUCUUUUGUUCUUUAUUCCUCCCGGGUCAGUCCAUUGAUGUCAGGAGCAGGAGACGUCCAAGCGGCUCUUUUUCUCUUUCAUAUCCCUGUCCUACCGGGAGUUUGCUCAGAUGAGAACCAGGUCGCUUGUUCAAAAUGUUGCAAACUACUGUGGAGUGGGAUGAAAAAGGGAGGGGGAGAGACAGUGGAGGUGAAGUCUGAGUAAGAUAGGGGGAUCAUUGCCACACUACGCCAACGUGGCUACCAUGCGUGUGUGGGUGUGUUUACAAACAUGGGCCAGUUGAUGUGCAAGUGUUUCAAUGGCCGUUGUCAAUUAGGGAUUCAAGGGAUAGUUCCCCAGAUACGGUUGCGCUCAAUCGAAGCUCUCUGGCCAAUCAAAUGCCGAACUAUGACGUAUUCCCAUUCAUUUUUCUUUUCGUCCUGGACACAUACUAUUUUUUUUUCUCCCCCUUCACACCCGCACUUCCCCUCUUCCUUCUUUCUUUACUUCCCUGCUCCUUCCUUCACCACACUGUCUUCUUACUCCUCCAUUUCCCCUCUGCAGCACGGCAUUUUUCAAAGCAGCACCUUAGCGUCCAUCUUCGCGAGACACCGUUGCAACUUAGAUAGCGAGAGGGAACGCGAAGGAGUACUGCCGAUUGGGGAGGAUGGACGUCGUUAUCGCGGUACUGGUGCUAGAGAGAAAGACUGCGUGGGUGUAGUCCCCUCUACUCGCUCCACUCAUUGGACCUACAAUUCAUCCUCGCCUGCCAUCUCGGUCCAGCAAGCACGUUCGGAAUCCUUUCCCCCCCCUCUCUGCCCUCACUUGGGCUACAGCACUAUAACUCACCGGUUUCGUCAUUGUGCUUCCAGCGCCCUGUUCCUUAUUGACGCUGCCUGCUCCCUUUUCCCACCAGCCCUAUUUCCCUCCCUCUCUUCCAACUGACAACCCUUCGUGCAUAUCAUCAUCGCUGCUGUGUGUAUGUGUAUAUGUGUUUACACAUAUACGUGUGUGUGUGCGUGUGUGAACGUAUGUCUAGCAAACACUUUUUGUUUUCGGCAGCGAUCCCUUUUUCAUUACGAUAAUGCUCCUCUUUGCAUAACCAACAGCGCUCCCUGCUCGAUUUUUUCUUCAGUGCUGUUUCUAUCCAUCUCCCUCUUAUCUACCUAAUCGCAAUCUGGCAAGCAGGCAUGCA